AUGACAAAACGCACCAAGAAAGUAGGAAUCACUGGUAAAUACGGAGUGCGUUAUGGUGCCUCCCUGCGUAAACAGGUGAAAAAGAUGGAAGUCUCCCAACACGCGAGAUAUACCUGCACUUUCUGCGGGAAGGACUCUGUCAAACGUACCGCUGUUGGCAUCUGGCACUGCUCAGCUUGCAAGAAGACCAUCGCUGGAGGAGCUUGGUCGGUUUCAACAACGGCGGCUGCCACCGUUCGCAGCACUGUCCGUCGUCUGCGCGAACUUACGGAGGCUUAG